AUGUCUUCAACUUCUUCUUCUGCUUCUGAAGGAUCUGGAGAAGUGGUUUACCGUGAUAGUACGGAAUUACUUUACGCAGAAGUGGUAGUGUCUCUGGCAACUGCUGUUGGUCUCAUCGUUUUGACGGUAAUUCAACUUCUUUACCGUACUACACGUCGAGCACGACGAUUAUGGAGAGGUGAAAAUCAAGUUAGAUUUGAUGGGGUUCAUUUUUUAAACAAAAGUGAAGGAAACAUUGGUAGAAAAAUUAUUGAAAGUGGUUUAAAAGAACAUGAAAAUAAAGAAUUUAGGCCGCCUUCUGUUAUUUUACCUGCAAUUAUUUCUAAUGAACGAGAUGCUAGGGCUGAUUGCCUACUAAUGCUUCACGAGAUAAGAAAAAUAUUUUACAAACAAUACGGUAAUUGUGCUAAUCUUAUGUCAAUGCGCUGUUGCUUAUCAUGUGUAGAAGGUGUUUUGCCUUUAGCUCAAACGGAAGAUUUUUUGCGUGUUUUUGAAUCAGUCUUAUUUGGUCAGCAUCGAGUAGAUGGAAAUGCAGAUAUUGUUUCCAAUGAUGAUAUUAAAUUUAUGCAUGCUUUUUUCCACAAUACAAUAUUAAAGGAAAUUCAAUAA